CCUUCAUAUGGAUUCUGUAAAAUUUCGUUAUGAAUCUCAGAUCUCUAAGACUGAGCUUCAAUUAAGAUAUGAGCUUUGAGGACGGGGAGAGUGAAAAUUUUGAUGCUUCAGACGUAGAGGACAGAGAGAGUGAGUCGGAUGAUGCUGGAUCUGACUCCUCUCCUCUUCCAAACGCCAGCUGGGUCAUCGGUAACAGUGAAAGUGAGAAAAGUGAGUUGGAAUUGGAGUAUGAGCCCAAGCAAGACUUUGAGAGUGAAUUGGAUAUCGAUCAGGUCGUUGAGGAGAAGCAUGACAAAAACCCAAUGCCUGAUGUUGAGAUGCGCAACCACUCCAAUGUCACUGUCACAUGAGUUGGUGAGGUCCAGGCGUCCAGCAAAUUCCUUGCCCUUACUAUUAUUUUAAAGUUUUAUAAGGAAGGGUAUAAUUGAAAGUCAAUGAAAAAAAUCAAUCCCUUAAAAAUGAUAUUUAGUCAAAGCGAAAAGAUCAAUAUAGUACAGUACAGAGG